GCGAGGCUCAGCGGGGACUACAACUCCCGACGUGCUCAGCGCGGCCGCAAGAACUGGGCUGUGUUCAGGCGGAACUAUAUUUCCCGGCGUGCACCGCGCGCGGACGGCAGAGCCGCCGGGAAGAGUCGCGCCGCCUCCUACCCCCGCCCUGGGGGGGAGUCGCGCUGUCCCAUUCUGCAGAUGGAGACACAGAAGACAGGGGCCGCUGUGAACGUCUCGGGUGUGGACGUAGCGCAGUGGGAUGGGGUCCAGGACGUCCUGGCCCCGGGAGGCUCGGUGGGGCGGGUUUGCGAUGCGCAGCAAGUGCCAUUCGUCCCGCAGGUGCUGGGCGUGAUGAUCGGGGCCGGAGUCGCCGUGCUGGUCACUGCCGUGCUCAUCCUCCUGCUAGUGCGGAGCUUUCGAGUGCCGAAAACCCCCGCCCCGGAGGGCCCGCGGUACCGAUUCCGGAAGAGGGACAAAGUGCUUUUCUAUGGCCGGAAGAUUAUGCGGAAGGUGUCACAGUCCACUUCCUCCCUGGUGGACACCUCCGUCUCCGCCGCUUCCAGGCCACGCAUGAAGAAGAAACUCAAGAUGCUGAACAUUGCCAAGAAGAUCCUCCGCAUCCAGAAAGAGACCCCAACACUGCAGCGGAAGGAGCCCCCGCCUGCCGUGCUGGAGGCUGACCUGACCGAGGGCGACCUGGCCAACUCCCACCUGCCCUCCGAGGUGCUCUACAUGCUGAAGAACGUUCGGGUGCUGGGCCACUUCGAGAAGCCGCUCUUCCUGGAGCUCUGCCGGCACAUGAUCUUCCAGCGGCUCAGCCAGGGUGACUACGUCUUCCGGCCAGGCCAGCCAGAUGCCAGCAUCUAUGUGGUGCAGGACGGGCUGCUGGAGCUCUGCCUGCCAGGGCCUGAUGGGAAGGAGUGUGUGGUGAAGGAGGUAGUCCCCGGGGACAGUGUCAACAGCCUUCUGAGCAUCCUGGAUGUCAUCACUGGUCACCAGCACCCCCAGCGUACAGUGUCUGCCCGCGCAGCCCGAGACUCCACUGUACUGCGGCUGCCGGUGGAGGCCUUCUCUGCAGUUUUCACCAAGUACCCCGAGAGCCUGGUGCGGGUGGUGCAGAUCAUCAUGGUGAGGCUGCAGCGAGUCACCUUCCUGGCCCUCCACAACUACCUGGGUCUGACCAAUGAGCUCUUCAGCCAUGAGAUCCAGCCCCUGCGCCUCUUCCCCAGCCCCGGCCUCCCAGUUCGCACCAGCCCCGUCCGAGGCUCCAAGCGUGUUGGCAGCACCUCGGCAACCGAGGAGCCUCGGGAGGCCCCUGGCCGGCCACCUGACCCCACUGGGGCCCCUCUGCCUGGACCUGCAGGGGACCUGGUGAAGCCCACAUCCCUGGAAGCCCCCUCGGCCCCCCUGCUGAGCCGCUGCAUCUCCAUGCCAGUGGACAUCUCAGGCUUGCAGGGAGGUCCCCGCUCAGACUUCGACAUGGCAUAUGAGCGUGGCCGGAUUUCCGUGUCUCUGCAAGAAGAGGCUUCAGCGGGGCCCCAGGUAGUCCCUGUCCGGACUCCCACUCAGGAGCCCCGGGAGCAGCCGGCAGGUGCCUGCGAGUACAGCUACUGUGAGGAUGAGUCAGCCACCGGCGGCUGCCCCUUCGGGCCCUACCAGGGCCGCCAGACCAGUAGCAUCUUUGAGGCGGCAAAGCGGGAGCUGGCCAAGUUGAUGCGGAUUGAGGACCCCUCCCUCCUGAACAGCCGAGUCUUGCUACAUCAUGCCAAAGCCGGCACCAUCAUCGCCCGCCAGGGGGACCAGGAUGUGAGCCUGCACUUUGUGCUCUGGGGCUGCCUGCACGUCUACCAGCGCAUGAUCGACAAGGCUGAGGACGUGUGCCUGUUCGUAGCACAGCCGGGUGAGCUGGUCGGGCAGCUGGCUGUGCUCACCGGGGAGCCCCUCAUCUUCACGCUGCGAGCCCAGCGGGACUGCACUUUCCUGCGGAUCUCCAAGAGCGACUUCUAUGAGAUCAUUCGCGCACAGCCCAGUGUGGUGCUGAGUGCCGCGCACACGGUGGCGGCGAGGAUGUCCCCCUUCGUGCGCCAGAUGGACUUCGCCAUCGACUGGACCGCCGUGGAGGCCGGACGCGCGCUGUACAGGCAGGGCGACCGCUCCGACUGCACCUACAUCGUGCUCAACGGGCGGCUGCGCAGCGUCAUCCAGCGCGGCAGCGGCAAGAAGGAGCUGGUGGGCGAGUACGGCCGCGGGGACCUGGUCGGAGUGGUGAGCGCGCCCACGGCCCCUGACCUCUGUAACCCUUUGAGGGAGCCCCCACACAUUCACCCUCGCCACAACGGGAAGCAGCAUGCGGUCAUCGUGGGGUACUAUACUGUUUUUGUGCGGUAUAUUACUCAUGUCCCCGGGGGCUUCUGCCCCAUCAGCUUUGACUCCUGCCCCCCUGCCCCCGGGGUGGCGGCAGUGGUGAGCAGUGGCCGAGAAGCGCCUCCUGCCCACGGGCCACUGAGGACAUGGAGCCAAAAUGGAAGGUUGGGUGGCCAAGUCCUGUCACGUGUGGCCCAGGAUCUUCACUGUGGCCUCACUGAGCCUCAGCUGCGGGACACGGGGCAGGGGUUUCUGAGAAGGAGGAGGAGGGCUCCCUCUCGGGACACGGCUGCACAGCAGAUUUCAUCCUUUGGGGUCUCAGCAGGCUCGGGACUGGGCGUCCCCCCUCACUCGGAACUCACCAACCCAGCCAGCAACCUGGCCACGGUGGCAGUCCUGCCCGUGUGCGCGGAGGUGCCCAUGGUGGCCUUCACACUGGAGCUGCAGCAUGCUUUGCAAGCCAUCGGCCCCACCCUCCUCCUCAACAGUGACAUCAUCCGGGCACGCCUGGGCGCCUCCGCACUGGACAGCAUCCAAGAGUUUCGGCUGUCGGGAUGGCUGGCCCAGCAGGAGGACACCCACCGCAUUGUGCUCUACCAGACAGACUCCUCACUGACGCCCUGGACGGUGCGCUGCCUGCGCCAGGCUGAUUGCAUCCUCAUCGUGGGCCUGGGCGACCAAGAGCCCACGCUGGGCCAGCUGGAGCAGAUGCUGGAGAACACGGCCGUGCGCGCCCUCAAGCAGCUGGUCCUGCUGCACCGGGAGGAGGGCCCGGGCCCCACGCGCACCGUGGAGUGGCUCAACAUGCGCAGCUGGUGCUCGGGGCACCUGCACCUGCGCUGUCCCCGCCGCCUCUUCUCGCGUCGCAGUCCCGCCAAACUGCACGAGCUGUAUGAGAAGGUGUUCUCCAGGCGCGUGGACCGGCACAGCGACUUCUCCCGCCUGGCGCGGGUGCUCACCGGCAACACCAUCGCCCUGGUGCUGGGUGGGGGCGGAGCCAGGGGCUGCUCACACAUUGGGGUGCUGAAGGCAUUAGAAGAGGCGGGGGUCCCUGUCGACCUAGUGGGCGGCACUUCUAUCGGCUCCUUCAUUGGGGCCCUAUAUGCCGAAGAGCGAAGCGCCAGCCGAACUAAGCAGCGGGCCCGAGAGUGGGCCAAGAGCAUGACUUCCGUGCUGGAGCCCAUGCUGGACCUCACCUACCCCGCCACGUCCAUGUUCACGGGGUCAGCCUUCAACCGCAGCAUCCACCGCGUCUUCCAGGACAAGCAGAUUGAGGACCUGUGGCUGCCAUACUUCAACGUGACUACGGACAUCACUGCCUCGGCCAUGCGUGUUCACAAAGAUGGCUCCCUAUGGCGAUACGUGCGCGCCAGCAUGACGCUCUCGGGCUACCUGCCCCCGCUGUGCGACCCCAAGGACGGGCACCUCCUCAUGGACGGCGGCUACAUCAACAACCUGCCAGCGGACAUCGCCCGCAGCAUGGGUGCCAAGACAGUCAUUGCCAUUGACGUCGGGAGCCAGGACGAGACAGACCUCAGCACCUACGGGGACAGCCUGUCUGGCUGGUGGCUGCUGUGGAAGCGGCUAAACCCUUGGACGGAUAAGAUCAAGGUUCCAGACAUGGCUGAGAUUCAGUCCCGCCUGGCCUACGUGUCCUGCGUACGCCAGCUGGAGGUUGUCAAGUCCAGCUCCUACUGCGAGUACCUGCGCCCCCCCAUCGACUGCUUCAAGACCAUGGACUUCGGGAAGUUCGACCAGAUCUAUGAUGUGGGCUACCAGUACGGGAAGGCUGUGUUUGGGGGCUGGAGCCGGGGCGACGUCAUUGAGAAGAUGCUCACAGACCGGCGGUCUGCUGACCUGAUUGAGAGCCGCCGUGCAGACGUGCUGGCCUUCCCCAGUUCUGGCUUCACUGACUUGGCGGAGAUCGUGUCCCGGAUCGAGCCCCCCACCAGCUAUGUUUCUGAUGGCUGUGCUGAUGGGGAAGAGUCAGAUUGCCUGACGGAGUACGAGGAGGACGCAGGACCUGACUGCUCACGGGACGAAGGGGGCUCCCCCGAGGGUGCCAGCCCCAGCACCGCCUCUGAGAUGGAGGAGGACAAGACGGUGCUCAGGCACCGGCGCUGCCUGCCGCAGGACGCUUCCAGCUCGCCCGCAGACACCUGAGGACCACAGGGCCCCCGGAGCUGGGCUGCGGGGCCCCGAGGGGGCUGCUCCCCCACCGCCUGCUGCUGUGCCUGUGGCCUCCCUGGUCUCCCGGGACCUCCAGGGCCCACACACUGGAUUGCUGUCCCUCCAAGAGGAGGGCAGCACUGCACUGAGGACCUUGAACAGUCAUUCCCAAUAAACCUCUAUUCUCGGA